ACGUCAGGCCCAGAGCUGGUCCGUCCGUCGUCCGGCCGACUCGAGCGAUCGGAGCCGCGGAUUUCGCGCGAGAGAGAUAUAGAAAGCAGGAAAAAAAGAGGGCCGCGCGCGCGCACGCACACCUACGCACACGCACGUCGACCAACCCAACCAAGCAGUACGACGACGACGGAAGAGACUGAUACACGUACACGUUUACACGCACGUAUAUAAAACAAGGGAGAAAGAGAGAGAGGGAGAGAGGCAGAAAGAGAAAGAGAGAGAGAGAGAGAGAGAGAGAGAGACAAGAGACACGUGUGCACAGAGGCAAGCACGUUGCUCGACACAUACAUACGCAUACGCCCAUACACGCUUUGAUACAUAUAUAUAUAUACACAUACAUAUAUACAUAGGUGCAUACAUGCAUACAUACAUAGACACGUACGGAGUACGUACGUGUAUACACAAUACGUAGAACAAUAGACACGGAACGCGUAAGAGAACGAGGAAGAGAAGGCGUGCACGGCGAGCAGCACCACACUGACGUUCGGUCGUGCGCUCGAUACGUCGCGCGAAUGUCGUCGUCGUCGUCGUCGUCGUCGUCGUUGUUGUUGUCGUCAUCGUCAUCACUGUUGUCGUUAUCGUCGUCGUCGUCGUCGUCGUCGUCGUCGUCGUCGUCGGGAUUCUCCUCGUGCGUCGUGUCGUGUCACAGCCAACGUUCGUUCGUUUCCGUCCUCGUCUUCGUCGUCGUUGACGAGUCGACGUUCGCUGGUUCUUCUCGUUAAAAGAAAUAAAGAGAGAGAGAGAGGGAGAGAGGGGGGAGGGAGGGAGGGUGGAAGAGAGAAAGAGAAAAAAGGAAAGAAAAAGAUAUCAAGUGCAGUGCGCGAAUAUCUUCGACAAUUUCGCUACGUGAUAUUCGUGAUAGGGAGUAAAGUAAAAGAGAGAAGAGAUAGAGAAAAGGAGAGAGAAAGAAAGAGAAAGAAAGAGAGAAAAAGGGAAAGAGAAAGAGAGUGAGAAAGAGACAAGGAUAGAAGGAUCCCGGCCACGUGCGAAGCGACUACACGAGGGAACGAUAUUACGACUACUAACAGUGUGUGUGAGUGUGACGGCAAGAAAAGACUUUGUGAAGACGAUUAAAGAAGAAAUUAUUGAGAUUGGUGUUUGUUAGGGGAUGGGUUAAAGGGUAAAGAGGUAAAGCUAUCUAUCGAGCAGGAAGAGUUUCUAUGGAUUACUGGCCGAGUUGACACGGCCGCCGGCCGAAUACUUUUUCUGCAUUAUCAUCGUCGUCGUCGUCGUCGUCGUCAUCGUCGUCGUCAUCGUCAUUUUCUUCUUCUUCUACUUCUUCUUCUUCUUCUUCUUCUUCUCUUCUUCUUCCUCUUCUUAUCCUUCUUCGUUAUCCCAAAGCAUUCAGUGUCUCUCUCUUCAUCCCUCUCCCUCUCUCUCUUUCUCUCUCUCUCUCUCUCUUUCUCUCUCUCUCUCUCUCUCUCUCUCCCUCUCUUCUCGUGUUCCCCUUUUUUAUCCAACGUACAAAGAAAAAAUAGAAGAGAAACACUAGACAGGUGCCUAUGGAAUCGUCAAAGGUACGGAUUUGCCUUUGGGUGAUGCUGCGACGACUUCACGAAGGCGUCGUCGAUCGUGUUAAAGAAAGAAAGAGAUAGGAGGGAUUACGAGAUGAAAAGUAACCGUGACGAAUUGGAAGUGUGAGAGACAUGGUGCUUGAUUCGAUCACGAUUUAUAGUAGGUGUUAUGAGAGUACUGUACGUCUAAUUAUUCUUCCGAAGGAAGGAAGAAAGAAGAAGAAGAACAACGACGAUAACGAAGUACGAGUAAUAGUGUGUAAAAGAUCUUGGACGAUUGAAUAAUUAGUAAUAUUAGAAAAGGUAAUCAAUCACAAGUUAAAACUGUGUUUAUGCGAAAGAGAAAAUCGUGAAGAAAGAAGGCCCAGUUUAGACUAGAAUAGCAGAAGCAAGGGAAGACGAUCGCAUUAAAGUAGCAUCCGGCCGCCGCAGCUCCAAUCCCCUUUGCGGGAUCGCGCACGAGCUAGCGUGAGGAACGGUGCGCGCGCGAGAAUCUAUUUUUUUUUCCAAAGAGUUGAAGGGAUGUCACGGAGAAAGCAGGCCCGACCGAGCCGUGCCCAUCUCGAGGAGGAUCUUAUCCAGGGCCCUCUCCUGAUCGAUCCGGUUGGAAGCAUCAUUAACGAGAGCCGAGAGGAAAAUGACUUCAUAUCGGACGGCGAGGAGAGUGGCGGCGGUGGAGGAGGAGGAGACGAAGCGGUUGAUCUUACAGCGGCUCGAACUCAUCACGGAGAUGAGGAUGAGAAGGAUCAAGAGGAUCCUUUGGAGGAAGACGAGGAAGGCGUCGACGAGCAAGACGAACAAGACGAGGACGAAGAAGGCUCGCGAAAGCAAAUGCACCAUCGGCAGGACGCGGAGAACAAUAACAAUUUCGUCGAGGGUGGAGCGAGCAGCGGGAUCUUUCCACCGGCUGGUACUAGUCACGUCACACUCGAAGCCCUUCAAAAUACGAAAGUGGCCGUCGCUCAAUUCGCGGCCACUGCACUCGCCGGUGGGGCGGACAGCGAGGCAGCUCUACAGGACUUGGCCCUCUUGCAAAGUACGCUCUACACGCUUCAACAUCAGCAGGUUUUUCAAUUGCAGCUGAUAAGUCAGCUGCAACAACAAUUAUCCAUUACUCAUGGCCAAUCCGUGCCACAAUCGUCGACGACCGAGCCGCCCAAUAGCAAGGAAGCAUCGCCGUCUCCUGUCCUGCAUCCGAAGGCAUUGUCUACAUUGACCUCGCCACCUUCCUGUCGAUCACCCAGCAGUAGCAGCCAUCGUCAACAAAGCUCGCCGGCGCCGGCAACGCCGAAUCUACCCCAAGAACGGCCUACGCCUAGCAGCAGCGCUUCUCCUCUGAAUCUACCGCUGCAAGCUACUACGCCUAACGUCUCCUCGAGCAUACCAACGACGAGUAACAACAGUAGCAAUCUAGCGUUGUCCCAUCAGAUGCCACCGCUGUGCUCGAUAAGCUCGUCCUUGGCGUCCUCGAUAAUAACCAAUACGGAUCCACCGCCGCUUCACGAACCGAACACCCUGGAAAUGCUACAGAAACGAGCGCAAGAGGUGCUGGACAAUGCCAGCCAAGGACUACUGGCUAAUAACCUCGCCGACGAGCUCGCCUUCAGGGGUGGCAAAGGUUCUCGGCUCUCGCCUUACGACUCUAAAUCAGGUGGCAGCCGGGGAGAACAUUUCUUCAAGCACCGAUGUCGCUACUGCGGCAAGGUUUUCGGCAGCGACUCGGCCCUACAGAUCCACAUACGAUCCCAUACAGGUGAGCGACCCUUUAAAUGCAACGUCUGCGGCAGCCGAUUCACCACGAAGGGAAACCUGAAGGUCCACUUCCAGAGACACACGGCUAAAUUUCCGCACGUUAAAAUGAACCCAAAUCCCGUCCCCGAGCAUCUCGACAAGUAUCAUCCGCCUCUCCUUCAGCAGAUAGCCUCGGGUCAGAGGCCGAUGCCGUCUCCGCCACCUCCGCCUCCUUCGCAUCACCCCUCGUUUCAUCCAGCGGCUACGGCCCACGGAUUUCUUCCUCCUCAGCCACCUCUGCCACUCAGUCUCGCCUUGCCCGGAAUGCCACCCCUUUACCGGUCUCCCAUUAUUAAUCAUCGCGACGACCAAGAGCUACCGGAGAACUUGAGUAAACCCAACGUAACCACGGUACCGACGGCCACCUCGCCCCUCUCCCCGGCUGCUCUCUCCAACUCCCACCAUUCCUCCUUCCACGAUAAUCAUCAACAACAGCAGCAAAAGCAACAGCUCGAGCAAGAGGAAAUCAAAAUGGAACAGCGUUCGCCUCUUCAAGAACAAUACCCGCAACGACCGACUAGUAGAGACGGUACCGAUAGAAUAACGCCGAAGAAAGAACCCGAGGACACCGAGGAACCGGUGGAAGAGGAGACCGAAGAUUUUGAAGAAACGACAAGGCGAUAUCUCGCUUCGCCGCCUUCUUCGGCUAACCCACCCUCGCAACCUCAAACCUAUGAGGACUGUAGUAUGGACAGCAAGAUAAGUGGCAGAUUGGAGGCCGAUGGUGACAUGGAGGUGGACGAGGAGACCGAGGAACAACCGGAGAAUCUUUCUAGUCGAGGAACGGCCGGUCGUUUGCCUCAACAAAUCGUCGCAUAUCCCGGAGCAUCGCCGGCCAGCAGCAGCGCGAGCAGCGGAAGCGUUCAAACGUCCUUCGCCGGGAUUUUAUUCCCUGGGCCACCUGCUCAUCACCAAAUACCACAUCACACCGUCGCGAACGCGAGCGUCACGCCGACCGUCUCGGCGCCCGAGAUGAUCGUCGACCCUGCCAAGGAUCCGGCGAUAUAUUCCAGUCUCCUACCGAGACCCGGGAGCAACGACAAUUCCUGGGAGAGUUUGAUCGAAAUAACGAAAACGUCGGAAACGUCGAAAUUGCAACAAUUGGUCGAUAAUAUCGAGCACAAGCUGACCGAUCCGAAUCAAUGCGUCAUUUGUCACAGAGUACUCUCUUGCAAGAGCGCCCUGCAAAUGCAUUAUAGAACGCAUACGGGAGAACGUCCGUUCAAGUGUAAAAUUUGCGGGCGAGCUUUUACCACGAAGGGCAACCUCAAAACCCACAUGGGUGUGCACCGCGCGAAGCCACAGCUUCGAGUGUUUCACCAAUGUCCCGUUUGUCAUAAGAAGUUCACGAACGCGCUCGUGCUACAGCAGCACAUACGUCUGCACACGGGCGAGCCUACCGAUCUCAGUCUGGAACAGAUACAGGCGGACGAAGUGAACGAGUUUCCCCCUGGCUAUUCGCAUCACCCAUUAGCCUCUUUCCUACCUCAAGGAUUUCCACCGAUACAUCCGACGAGCGCGGGUUUCUCCCUAGGAUUUCCACCCUCCCGACAGCCUACCAUAGAACGACAACACCAGAAAAACGACAUGGACGUUAAGGAGGAACCUCAGCAGCAACAGCAUCAACAACAACAGCAACAGCAACAUCAAUUGCUUCAUCAUCAGCAACAGCAGCAGCAGCAACAGCAGCAGAGAUACAUGGAAGAACACAACGAGGAAGUGGAAGAGCAAGAAGACGAAGAGGAAGAUCGCAGGGAGGACGACGAAAGGUGCGAGGUCAAUCGCGAUAGGUGUAUCCCGGACACCGAGGAGGAACAGGAUCACGAGAACGAGGAAAGCGAACAAAAAGAAAUCUCUCUAUCUACCUUCUCGACCUCUUUGGCUGCUUUGGAGAAUCAAGUGCGAACGAUCACGACCACGGCGACCGGCACGGCCUCGAACGUCGCGAGAUCGCCUUCCUAUCAUCGUUACAACGGCAGCGACAAGAGCAAUAGCCCUCCCACCGGUGGGGCACCCCUCGAUCUCACCCCUCGAGCCUCGUCGACGCCAGCCUCGGUAUCAUCCGCAGCGACGCCGCCACCCCAGACGACACCCCAUCACGCGCAUCCUUUCGGAAUGUUCGCAGGCCUCUUGCAGACGGUCUCCUCCUCGCCUUCCACCAGCACCAUGGGAUCCUCCUCCAGCAUAAACAGUGUCACUUCGAUGAAUACCGUCGCUCCUGGCAGCGGUGCCAGUGGUCCACUAGCCUCCCUCACAACAUCGGCAGUCCUCGCUGCCACGUCGACCUACAAUCCGCUCGGCCUAGCUGUCGGAGGGCCAGCAGUACGUGGAAACACUACGUGUAAUAUCUGCUACAAGACAUUUGCGUGCAACUCUGCUCUGGAGAUUCAUUAUCGAAGUCACACGAAGGAGCGGCCUUUUAAAUGCAGCAUAUGCGACCGAGGAUUUUCGACGAAGAAUGCUGGAUCGGACGUAUGCUCCUCGUGCGCGGAGCAACGAAAGCCCUUUACCAUAAAGGGCACUCCACAAACGAAUAACCGAUAUCAGAGCGAGGAGAGAAGAACGUCGACUAGCGGAAACGAGGAGAAACCCAAACGCAGGCGGCGGAGGCCUGAGGAACGGAAGAACCGGGGGCGGACCGGGACCGGAGGGGGGCGGGGGCUGACGUCUAUCUAUUCAACCGUCCGCCUGCCCCCGCUGAUGCCACCCGCCCUCGGACUUCUCACCUCGGACCACGUCUUCCUGGGCAACAUGAAACAACACAUGCUGACACACAAAAUACGCGAUAUGCCACCCCACCUCUUCACCGAUGCGAAACAACAACACCAACAACAAAGCCAGGACCACGAGAGUUCUAGGAGUCCUAUGUGCAGCGACGAUUUGAGUUUACCACCUCCACCUCCACCCCCGCCACCACCACCACCGGUACCACCGACGUCAAUCGAGUCGGCAGUACCAAUGAAGAGAUCUCCACCCGAGGGUGAUCUUCCGGCACCAAAGAGACCACCCAGCGUGCCGAGUAAACACUUGUGCCAGAUUUGCAAUAAGAAUUUCUCAUCAUCUUCGGCGCUCCAGAUCCAUAUGAGAACUCAUACUGGCGACAAACCAUUCCGAUGCACCGUCUGCCAGAAGGCCUUCACCACCAAGGGUAACUUAAAGGUACACAUGGGAACCCAUAUGUGGACCAACGGGGCCUCGCGGCGAGGACGACGCAUGUCGUUGGAUCUGCCACCUCUGCCCAUCACUCCCAAGGACUCGGAGUUCCUCCAGCGACGGCCGGAUCUCUUCUAUCCCUAUCUACCCGCGCCAUUCCUUAACGGAGUACAGCAAAAGCUGAACGAGAUAUCGGUGAUCCAAAGUAACAACGGUUUGCCAGCACACUCGGUAGGCGCGGCAAAGUACGCAGGACUAUUUGGUUCCGUGUACAGUGGAAACGGAGGAGGCUUCCCUGGGGACAAACAACCGAUGGCGCCAACUAGCAACGGGCCCUUGGUCGACGGCAAGCCAGCCAUACCAACUGGCUCGAUGCUUUUCCAAACGCCAUCGCCGUCUCAUUCGCCGGGUACACCGUCCUCUAACAGUGGAAAUCAAAAUUCGGCGAGUGUUCCGUCGUGGACGACGAGCACCGGCGACCCUCUUCAACAUCAUUUCGACAGAGAGCCACCAAGUAGAACAGAGAACGCAGCUACACCACCUACGGCGAGAUUACCGCCACCUUCGGCCCCAAGAGGCGAAGGACUCGCCGCGUGAACCUCGACAUAUCCUUGGAUUUUCUUGCAAAAUCCGUAACUCGCUAUUUAUGUACAGUAUAGAAAUAAUAAUAAACAAAACAAAAAAGAGAAAAGAGAAAAAUAAAAAAAAGAGAUAAGCAGGAGGAGAAGAGAUCGGACCUUCGCUAAGUCCCGACCGGACCCACGGACUGGCUCAUCCACGAAAAUUGGAGUUUACGAUUUAUCCUCCGUCCCCGAGUGACAUAAAAGGAAGUGACCAUAACGACACGAGAGAAGCAACGCGACCAACGUCGAACGUUUUCCCGUGACUAACGAGCUCUAAAAGGAGCCUGUGCAUUUUUUUUAUUAUUAUGAUUAUUAUUAAUCUCGGGACUCAAACGGACUACAGCGCCGCUCCCGCCGUCGUCAUUUCUUCGAGUGAGCCGAAUAUCGGAAGAACGGUUUGUCCGGUACCACUGUUCCCUUUAUUUCUAUCUUUAUUUUAUCAAUGUUCCAAGACUCAAAGAACAUCAAAUGUUCUUUCGUGUUAUUUUCCUACCUAAUAGAUAUCGAUAAUUAAUGUAUAAAUGAAUGAUAACGAGAUCUAUGUUUUCUUCUCUCUCUCUCUCUCUCUCUCUCUCUAUCUCUCUUUCUCUCUCGACAUAUCCAUAACUCUAUAUUAUACGGUGGUGCUACGGAUAAGCAAAUGACGACAUCAUGUUCCUAUUAUAACACUAGUCUUAACGCGUAGAAGUGAUCGAUAGAUAAAUCGAUUCGAUAUUUGACUGCUUCCGGAUAGCUUAGGGGACAAAAAUCAUCCGAAGUCAUCGACUCCGGAAAAAAAUCACGAAACCGGCCCGUUUCGCGUUACUCCUUGCUCUUUUUAAGUAAUACCUAUCCACACACACACACACACACACACACACACACACACACACACACACAGAGGCUGACAGCCAAACAUAUACAUAAAUGAAUACAUCACAUCUGUGUGCUCGAAAUACGCGCGAUCGGGUCCUCUAAGAAUUCGUUGAUAACGUCGAACCGUUUCGGGGUGAGGGGUUCAAAGAAGAACGCGAUGCCUAGACUGAGCUCGACUACUUUGGCCGAUUAAUGAAAUCAAUAAUUACGGACAAGGUGUGAGCCAAAAGACAUGUGGUGUCACGUCAACUUGAAAUUCCCUGAACUCUGACCGUCCAUUCGCGACAGUGAUGGUCACCUCACUUAGGAUUAUCUAAACUAUUCUAUAAAUAUAUACAUAAAAUGUAUACAUAUAAAUCUAUAUACAUAUAUAUAUAUUCAUAUAUAUAUAUAUAUAUAUAUAUAUAUAUAUAUAAAUAUACACAUAUAUAUAAGAAUAAAAAAAUCAUUGUAUUCGAGCGAAGGGGCGUGAAUGUGCGAGUUGUAUACACUUGGAGAGCACGCGUCAAACUUCCCCUUUUUAAAGAAAAGGGAAAAAAAAAAGAGGCAAACUUGAGAGAAAGAUAAAAGAAUGCGUGUGCGUGAGUACGUGUGCAAGAAUGAGUGAAAAAAUAAUGGCUCAUGCGGAAAAAGUAUACAUAUAUAUAUAUAUAUACAUAUAUAUAUAUACACACAUAUAUAAAUAUAUAUAUAUAUGUUUAUAUAUACAUAUAUAUGUGUAGGUGUAAUUUAGAGGCGGGCCCGGCAGCGCCCCUCGCUGUGAUAUGAGAGGAGCAGCCUGCAAUCACUAAACCAAUGUACUUAUACCUUGUAUUAUAGUAUUAUAAAAGAAUAAUAAUAAACUAAUUAUUAUAUCGUCAUUUACUCGUGCGCACGAAAGAAGGAGAAGGAAAAGAUGAGAGCUUGAGCUCUCAUUCUAAACGCCGUGCAUAAAGUCUCGUCGUGUCUCUCAUUCUAAUUAAUUAACGCGCUACCGCUAUCGAUAGAACGCCCAAUCUUCCGCUGCAAUAGAAUUCUCAUCGCCGUGUAAAACAACGUCUCCUUUCGCGUCAAACACUCGCAUAUACAUACUUACAUAAAUCAAUACAUGCAUACGUAUACGUAAAAAUAAAUUCACACGUAUGUAUACGUACAAUACAUACAUACAUACAUACAUACAUGCAUACAUAUAUACAUACAUACAUACAUACGGAAAAAACAAACACGUACACGAGAAUCGGUGUUUCUCCGGCUAUGCGUUACUCAACUAACGAUUUUCGUGUUGAACAGUAUUUUAUAUAUAGAUGGAUAUAUACGUAAAGAUAUUUACCGUUUUCAAAUCGUCCGAGUCUUCCACGGUUCUAAAGAAAAUUAACUUCUAACGUUCUUUUGUAAAACUAAUGCUGUCAUCACGGAUGACGACAACGUAUGGACGAAUUAUACUUAUUGUAUAUUAUUAUAUAAAUUCAUUAAUUUAUUCUUCAAGCGUGUUAUAUAUACACGAUGUAUAUUCGUUGCUAAGAGAAUUUAUAAUUCGCAGGAAGUCGAAUAUGUAAUAAAUUUUUGUUUCUCGUUCGGUACAUGUAUAUGUGUGUGUAUAUAUAUAUGUGUGUGUAUAUACACACGGUCUCAUUACUAUUUAAAAAUCAUAUAAAUCAUCUCUAACUAUCGAUAAUAUAUAUAUAUAUAUAUAUAUAUAUAUAUAUAUAUAUAUCAUCGCAUCUUUAUAAAACUGAUUUUCGUUUCAAACAUUUAUCGCGCAAAUUUCAAAACCCGCAAAACUCUUAAACAAAGACGAGAGAGAGAUACAAGUGUGUGUCAGUUAACUCUAUACCCAAUAUAAUAUAAAUAAUGUCAAAAUUAUGAAUAAUGUCGAAAAUAUCGAACAUAAUUAUAUAGUACGAAAUAUAAACUAUAGAAUACGUUCUCUAAAUGUAAUUAUGAUUUCAUCUUCGUUUUACACUGUUUUUACAAGCAAGUACAUAAUUCGUACUCCCCGAAAUAAGAACAAAUGCGUUCGCUUUUUAUACGUUUGUUAAGCAUUCAUAUGAGAACUAAAUUAAAAUUUAUAAAAUAUCAGAAUUUCUAUUUAUGUAACUGCGGAAAUCGAAUAAUACAAUGAAUGAUAUUAACGAUUCGUAAAUUUAUAGAAUCACUAUCUCUAAAUAUUUAUUUGAAUACCUAAAUUAUUCUGCAUAUCGACAAUGGAAAUAUAAAUAAUUAUUAUUAACAGGAAUUCUGAUAUAGAAAUGGUUUUAUCGAAUUAAUGGAAAAAUGUUUUUUGAAUCGAAAAAAUUUUGCGACCUUUGUCUAAGCCGUGAUGCCUGUAUCAUCCGAAUAUAACAUCUUGCUAAAUGUAUCCUUUAACACGUUGAAUAUUAUAAUAUAUUAUCGGAGACGUCUAGAGUAUUAUUUAUUUAUAAAAAUUUGCAAGGUUAAUAAUCGAAGGGAGAAUAAAAUCUAGUCAAAAAAAAUAUAUAUAUAUACGAUACUAAAUUGAAAAAAAAAAAAAAAGAAAGAAAGAAUGAAAGGUAUCGAAAGAUAUGGAAAUAUCGAUUGAUAGAAAAUUCAACGUGUUAAAGUAAAUUGAUAAGUAUUGAAAUAUUAACGACGUAUUGUAGAAAAUCGAGCAUACGGAACUAACACGAAAAUUAUACUUUGCAAAAUUAUCGUUUAACUAUUUAUAACCACGCCGAUAGAAAUUUUCUUUUAGUUAUAACUUUCUGUUAUCGUUUUCAACGUCAAAAUUUCUUUAACACGAAAAUCGUUAAACGUAAUGCAUCAGCGUUACAUAUGAAUGUAAAUAAUCGUUAAGAAGCAAAAACCUAGAAGAGAAAAUCGAAAUACUUUGAAAAGAGCAGUGUCGGAUCGUAGCUCUUUUACGAAAAUCAACUGGGAUUAUAAUUAUAAUUAAGUAUAGCGUAAUCGGGUAUAAAGAAAAAAAUAAAAUAAAAUAAAAUAUAAAAUAAAAUAUGAAAUAAAAUAAAGCAACACUCUUUGGAUAACGCGUUAGAGCGUAAGGUCCGAAUUUUUCAUAAUAUAAGUAAUUUCGAUGUGUACCUAAAAAUACAUGUCGUGAUAUGUGUCGCAUAAGUCGUUCUCAGGUGUGAAUAAUGAACAAGUUCUCCGAUGUGGACGGAUAGAGAAGGCCGCCAUGAGAAAUCAUCGUCCUGCCGUGAGCCUCGUGAAAUUGUCCAAAAAUUAUUGCUUACGACUUCGGGUUUCUGUAAAUAUUGUAUAAUCCAUGUAUAAACAUUUCUCUAGCUAUAAAACGUAUCACUGUAGUCAGACACGUUACGAAUCAUUAUAACUAUAUCACUUCAAUAAUAAACCAUUAUUAUGAGACGAA